UGGACGUGUCGGAGCACCAGAUAUACAGAUAGAGAUAGUAUGUCCAGGCGGCGGCAAGAAUAAGGCCGCUCCGCCGGAGAAGUGGCUGAAUAGCUUCGUCCACUUCAUCACUCUGGUGGAGAAGCUGGGCAACGCCCUGGGCACGCUGGCCUUCACAUGGGCGUCCGUCGUCCUGCUCGGCGGCUACCCCACGGUGCUCCAUCCUAACAAUGAUUUUUGGUUUGCCACAACCAUAGUGUUCCUCGAAGCUGCCAGGAUGUUCAGCCGCGACAACAACAGACUAGAUUACCAACUGUUCUUCCGCACUAGAGGUGCUUUUAGGUCCAUUGGCUGGAAUGGAUUAGUCUUAAUCAUAUGUGUUUCCAAUUGUUUGGUUUGGUUGCUCACCUCAUCACAAUCAGAUUGGGUACCACAGUUAAUAGGACUAUUACUCGUUAGCCCAUGUAUAUGUGUAGAAGUUGCAAGACUACUCUUAUGCGAUCUGCUACAGCAUGGAAUAUCUUUAUGGAGCCCCAUUUUUGCAAUCCUGGUGUCGAUGUUUAUGGCUCCCACACUAAUAUAUAACUUGGAUGAUGAUUCCUGGAUUCUAAGACGCAAUAUCGUAUUGACGACACACAUGAUACUACUUGUGGUUGUGCUCCUAGUGACACUCAGCAGGCUGCAGUUCCCAGGUAUCGUCAAACUAGUAGAUUCUACUCUAGGCGACAAAUUAUUACCUUGGCGUCGAGUCAUUAUAAGAUUGUGCAUGCUUGCUGCCAUGGUGACGUUGGUGUUCACUUCUGGUACUGGAUUUCAAUAUGGGAUUAUCAUAUUCCAAGUACUUGCAUUAGUGGUAGUGUCAUUUGGGAACCUUCAGAUUCCAGCAGCCGGAUUGCGCAUCGGACUUGCGUUGUCACGCAUUAGAGACAAUAACUACCUUGGUGAUGAUGAUCAAAUGGUACCUGAGAAGAUAAACCUUGUGCCAUCUCUUAAUAUCUUCUAUGCAAUGGUGCUUGCUCAAGGAAUAUUGUACAUUGCUGCCUGCAUCCUCGAGGUCUUUUCAUUCAUCCCCCGGCGAUCCCUAGUCCGUCGUGCUGAAUUUAGAGGUCGCAUGGGAGUUGAACAUGUCAAUUUGUACUAUGCAUAUGCCUUCGAGAAAUGCAUGCGAGGGGCCAUGCUUACUCCAGAGAAGAUCGGUCUCAUCAGGUUUGCUAUGGAUUCUAUGAAGUCAGACUCACCCAAGAUGCAACUCCAUGGGGUUCAAAUAUUGCACAACCUUCUGAAAAAUGAACCAUUCAAGACUAAAGCAAUCUCAAGACUCACCAAUUCCAUGAAGACAAUGACCUCCUUGUUCAACAUGUUGGGUCGGACAAGUGAAGGGGACAAAGAUAUAAGAUCUUAUGCCACAAAGGUUAUGGCUGAAAUAGCUGAUAGCCUGCGAAUUGUCUCUAUCCCUGGGGCAAUGCAACUCAUAGCUUCACUUCUGGACAUUGGUCACCGACAGAAAAUAAUUGAUCCUCUUCUGGACAUUGAUAUCCCAGAGGCAGAAAAAGAUACGUCGAGCCAACCAGUUGGGAAGGAGAAGCACAAAUUUAUGAUGCUUACAUGGUGGAAACAGUUGGCAAUAUAUUGCUUGAUUCCAACAGAGGAUCGUCACUCAUCUAAUAGGGAUGAACCAAACUCCUAUAUGCACAGAUGCUGGAAGUGGAUAGCCAAAUGUUGGUCCAUUCCAAAGGAAAAUCCAUCGACAAAUCAGGAUCUCCUUCCUGUACUGGCCAUGUCAAUUCUUGACAAGCUUGCUAGCUUUGACCUUGAGAACUGCAUGGAAAUCAGUAGAGCAACUGGCCUUAUUUCGAAGAUCAUAGACUACACAAGAAGCCGAACUGAAAUGAAAAAUAUUGAUGAGGCACAACAAAUAAUGUUGAAAGGUUCCUCAUUGAAGUUAUUGAGAACACUUGUGGGCACUAAAGGGAAGUUUGGUGUAACUUUGCGACAAAAGAUUUCAGAGCAUCCCUUCCUACUGAGUAACCUUGCACAGAUUUUGGAUGAUAGCUGCAGUAGCCGAGAGCAUAAGGAACUAACGGCAGAAAUCCUUAGAAACCUUGCCAUGGAUGGAAAUACAAGGGCAGAGAUUGGACACAUCCGAAAUAUCAUUAGCAGGUUGAUGCAUGCAUUUAUCAGCAAAGGUGGACCCUCUAGUACAAAUUCAGAUCAUCUGCUAGGGAAGAUCGCCGGGCAAGCGCUAGCAUUGCUGGCAAUGGAGAAUACCAAUAAUUGUUUGGUUAUGUUAGCUGGACCUGAUUAUGUGUUCAUCAAGGAACUCACAAUUAUGAUCCACAGUGAGAGGUACAAAUACAUAGCAGCAAGCCUGUUGCGGUAUAUGUGUGUCCAUGCUCGACCUCAGCUCACCAGCUCAGAUUUGAAGGACCUCUCACAAAUUUUGCCAAAGGUGUGGGAAGGAAUAAUGGAUACAGAAGGGGCAGAACUAGAGAUCCUUGUUGGCCUUAGUUCACAAAUAUGCAAUGUCCUUCCUGACUACUUUUCCCAAGAACUAGAACAUUAUCAGAUUAAGGAAACAUUUAUACAGAGGCUUGUCGAUGUACUUAAUGCAACUGCCAUACCCACGUCUCAAUGUCCUGGAAUUAGGAGGGUGGUUGUUGAACACGCCAUAUCCAUGAUGGAAGGAAAUCAUAGCUACACCAGUUGUUUCGAACAAUGUGAGAUGAUGGAAACACUGUUAAUGGUGGAGCGUACACCCUCGAGGGCUGAAAACUAUAGGUUUUUAUUGGAUGAUGCAGGAGUCAUGGAGCACAACGUACCACUCCCUGCUCUUGUGGCGAGGGCUAAAGAACUGAUGGGCCGUGGGUGGCUGUAAUAAGGCAUCAGCGGUGUGCCUUGAAAAUGUGCGCCCAUUGAGCCCGCAGCCGCUUCUCAACUUGAGCAGAGAAAUGAUACAGCAGCACAACCUCCUUCUCGUAAUUGCUCCAGAAACGCUGCUUUCACAUAGGCCCUGUGGGUGGAGUGGGCUUGUGCCAAGUCUGUUUUCAUUUUCUUUUAGUUCGGCCCAUGUCAAAUAUAGUACUGUACCGAGCACAUCGUGCUUAAUUUCUUCCUGCAAUAGAUCUGCUUGUCCGUGAGGGAAAAAAAAAACCUGAACCAGCUUAAUACUCAACUCAGCUAUAUAUUGCUUUCAUGAACAUAACGUACGUCUUCUUCCUUAAUUCCUUUCAGCGGGAAGCUAAUGCACCUGUACGAUCGAGAAAUUUGUGUUCUAUAUAUCUGGUGAUGAACUACCUUCACGGCUACGCUAUUCCACAAA